UGUUUGACUUGUCGUUCAGACGCGGUUAAUCGUCCACUGAUCUGAUCGAGCAGCUCGUCCUCUUGCGCUGUGUCAAAAUGUCUCUCAGGCGAUUAUUAUUGCGAACUCCGACUUUACAUAGGAUCGUGAGCAGAAACGCUUUCACUGCGACCAAGCCGGAUCCUUCCAAACCGAACAUGCUGAGAGUGGGCAUGGCUUUCGGGACCACAGCUCUCCUGUGGACGAUGCUGUUCAAAAAACACUGGAGCGACGUGCAGGAAUACAAAGCAAGCAAUGGACUGGAGUAAUGAGCCCUAAUUUAUUUGUUUUCUUGGCCUGUUUUGCCUCAGAUUUGUUUUCAUCUAUCGUCAUGUAUAAUAAAGAUGUAAAUGUGUUCA